ACCGCGCCGCUCCUGCUGGGGGGCUGCCCACGCCAAGGACCUGCCUCUGUGGUCUCCGCCGCCGCCCAGUUUCCCUGGCAACAACAUCCCCCAAGAUGGCAGAGGAGAGCAGCAGUACCAGGGACUGCGUGUCCUUCAGCGUGCUCACCUGGGACCAGGUGAGCCGUCUGCACGAGGUCCUGACUGAGGUGGUGCCCAUCCAUGGCCGAGGCAACUUCCCCACCUUGGAGAUCACACUCAAGGACAUCGUGCAGACUGUCCGUGGCCAGCUGGAGGAGGCAGGCAUCAAAGUGCAGGAUGUCCGGCUGAAUGGCUCUGCGGCUGGCCAUGUCCUGGUCAAAGACAAUGGGUUGGGUUGCAAAGACCUGGACCUCAUCUUUCACGUGGCUCUUCCCACAGAGGCCGAGUUUCAGCUGGUCAGGGAUGUGGUGCUGUGCUCUCUCCUGAACUUCCUGCCGGAGGGUGUGAACAAGCUCAAGAUCAGCCCCACGACCCUGAAGGAGGCCUACGUCCAGAAGCUGGUGAAGGUGUGCACAGACGCUGACCGCUGGAGCCUCAUCUCCCUCUCCAACAAGAACGGGCGCAACGUGGAGCUCAAGUUCGUUGACUCCAUCCGGCGCCAGUUCGAGUUCAGCGUGGACUCGUUCCAGAUCAUUCUGGACUCCCUGCUUUUCUUCUACGACUGCUCCGGCCAUCCCUUGUCCGAGCACCUGCACCCCACGGUCAUCGGGGAGAGCGUGUAUGGGGACUUCGAGGAAGCCCUGGACCACCUGCAGAACAGACUCAUCGCCACCAAGAACCCCGAGGAGAUCCGGGGCGGGGGGCUGCUCAAGUACAGCAACCUCCUGGUGCGGGACUUCCGGCCCACCGACCAGGAUGAGAUCAAGACCCUGGAGCGCUACAUGUGCUCCCGGUUCUUCAUCGACUUCCCGGACAUCCUCGAGCAGCAGAGGAAGCUGGAGACCUACCUGCAGAACCACUUCGCCGAGGAGGAGAGGAGCAAGUACGACUACCUCAUGACCCUGCGCAGGGUGGUCAACGAGAGCACCGUGUGCCUCAUGGGCCAUGAGCGCAGGCAGACCUUGAACCUCAUCUCCCUGCUGGCCCUGCGCGUGCUGGCCGAGCAGAACAUCAUCCCCAACGCCAGCACCGUCACGUGCUACUACCAGCCUGCUCCCUACGUCAGCGACGGCAACUUCAGCAACUACUAUGCGGCCCACCCCCCGCUCACCUACAGCCAGCCCUACCCCACCUGGCUGCCCUGUAACUAACCUUGAGACCUGAGGGUUUCCACAGGGGGAACCCCCCGCCCCCACCCCGGGUAGGGCAAGGCUCUCAGGUAGGGGAGCCUCCUUCUAGAUGUAGGUGUUUGGCUUUUAAAGCGGAACUCAGCUCUGAUUCGGCUUUUUUUUUUUUUUUUUUUUCUUUGUGUGCCCAUUGGAAUGGGUCUCCAGUGUAUCAUGAGCCAAGGGACCUGCUAUUCCAGUGCCACUUUGGAAAAUGCUAUAGGAAGUACGACCUCUCCACAUCUUUCCCAAACAGACACUAACACGCCACGUCCUGAACGUCUGAGCUCCGGGCAGUUGUUGAGAUUGGGAAGCACGUGGGCAGUGCGGGAAGAGCCUCGGGGAGGUGAUGUCAGCCCUCGCUUGGAAUUCUCAGCACUUAACGUGAAAGUGGUGUGGAUGGUCUUAUUUUCUUGUAUCUGUUUUAGUCAGGCAGAAAAAAUGAUAAACACGAGGGUGCUCUUGUGGCUUAAUGUUUUGUUCAAGGGGCUGAAUUGCUUAUGUUUAUUCUCUGUCAGCGGAGCUGAGGAUUUGUCUCCUCAAUAAACCAAAGCCGAUAGCUAGAAAAUUUAUGAUCUGGUUGGAUAUGGUUUAUGGUUUAGAUGCUGUGCUAUCUCGAGGAAUUGUGAGGUAUUGCUGAGAGAGAAAAAAAAAAAAGACCUUUUCUUGAAAUGUAACUUGAAAAACAAAAUAAAAUGUGCAACCUAAUGUUAAGUGGAAUUGUGGUGGUGGGGGGAUGAUUGUAAAUAGGAAACGUGAAUGUUCAGUCUUUCUUAAGUAAGGAAUUCUUGUUGAAUGACACUUCCCCCCGCUUAUCAGCUCUUCGCUUUUGUUUUGCUCUUCCCAAGACGAAGGACGGUGCCGAGUCUAGAGUCACUGCAGUAACUGACACGAGGGGCUUCCCAUGUUUUAAUUGGAAACCCAUUCUGGUCACAUUCCAAGUAUGACUGGCUGUUUUUUUCUGGAGUACUUUGGCUGAUUUUUGUUUUUGUUUU